UAAAAACUGAUCAUACUUUCCAAUUAUUUAGAUUCCUGGCAAAAAUUCAUGGGAAUAGAUUGUGGUAGUGAAGAAGGGCCUUCCAGUCCUGUUUUUCAUAAAAAGAAAUGGGUUGUUUUGCCAACAUCUUUAAAAAGGACUGGUUCUGGAUCAUUGUUGACUAAAUGUCCUGAAAAGAAACUGAAGAACAAGAGGAAGAAUGAUUCCAAUAAGAGCCAACAAAGUUUAAGCCUCAACAAUACCGCACCAUCAGAAGAUAAAGCGCUUAAGAAUACUGCUGAAGAUGAGGACGAUCCAGUGUUGAUUUAUAGUACUACUCCUACUAAAACAUAUAAACAAAAGAGAAAAACUAUUGAUCUUCUUAGUUGCUCGUUUAGGAGUGAAGGUAGUUUUUGCAAAAAGUCAAAAUUAAAUGAUGAAGAACAUGCUGAAGUAUUUAUAACUCCAUCAGGCAUUAAUUUAGAAAAAAACAUUAAUAGUGAUAUAGUUCCAGAAACACUGACGCCAACUUCUGUUAAAGGUUCUUCUCCACAAUCAAAUAAAAGCAACAUUUCACAAAAAAAUAUUUUUAAUAAGCCCCAAAGAAAACUGUUAUAUUCUUGCAAUGAAAAGAGUAAUUCGGGUUUGACAGCUCCAACUCUUACUGUGAAUGAUAUUUUUAAAUCAGUUAUAAUGAUUGAUGAAGCCGAUAUUCAUUCGUCACCAAAAAAAAAUCGAAAAAUUAGUUUUGAAGGUAGGUCUAGUGAUUUUCAAAGUGUGACAUCCUUAACUAGUGAGAACCCAAAAGAUUGCCCUAAGGAGGCAAAUGACCCUGUUUCAUCCUAUCAUAUCAGUACUCUUGAGAAAUGUAAUGAUUCCUUUGGGAAUUGUAUGUUUACUGAAAUAGAAAAUGAAUGUGUAGCCACCAAAGAUGUUUGUUCAAAAUCUAACUACGGGAAAGGAUCAAUGACUACUAAUAGUCCUAAAAGUCCUGUUGACAUUAAUCCCAUGGAUGAAACAUUUAGUAACUAUAGAUUUACUGAAAUUGAAGAGGACUACAGUUGUUUUAAUCACAAAAGAUUGAAAGAUAGUGAUCCUAUGGCUUCAUUCAUAAAAUCAGAUAUUGGAGGAACCAGUAGCUUAUGUUCAGAUUCUCACAACCAUGUUGGAAGAAAUACCUCUUUAAUGUCAGAACAUAAAGAUGAUUGCCCUAGUAAUAAACUUAUUAGUAAAGAAUCUGGAGUUUUAAAGAAUAGAGUUGAAGUCCAAUCUUAUCACUCAUUAAGUAAUGAAAGAGAUAAAAUAUUUUUACAAGAAAAUGGUUUGGAAAAUUCUUUUUUGCAAUCUGGUGGUGAUGAAAACGAUAUUUUUAACAGUACCAUAUUACCCCAAAAGUCAAUAACUAAACUCGAAACUGCUAUAGAUAAAGAAACUUUUCUUUCAACUUCAAAGGAAUGUUUCGAUGAUUUAGAUGCUAUUUCUACUGAGGAAUUUAGAAAUAAAAAUUUAGUAAAUCAUCAUCACCAUCAUCAUAAUGAAUUGAAUUCAAGUUCAAAUGAAGAUAUUUUAAAUAAAACCUUAGACAGUUCAGAAAAAGAUAUGCUUAACAAAUCUUCUAUCAGCAAGCUUGAUGUUACUUUAACUGAUAUUAUGCAACGGUUACUUAAGAAGAGAGUUAAUAAUGAAUCAAAGCCAAACUUAAAAAAUCAAAGCUUAGAUAAACAUAUUACUAGCAAUAGUAACAGUUGUUUUAAUGCCUUGACACAAGAAAUUACUGAAGAGGAAACUAAAAAUCAUGAACUGUGUGAUCAAACAUUGAGAAAUAUUUCAUCAUCAGAGUGUAUUCCUGAAUCGUUUGGCUUAUCAAAUGCUAAUGAAACUGUGUUUUUAACUCAGGAAUAUUUAGAAAAUGCAAAAUCUGAGGUUAGUGUUGAUUCAUCCGUGAUAUAUUAUCAACAAUCAUUUGAUUACAUGAUUUCUGCAGAAGUUAAAUCUCGAUUAUCAGGUAAUAAUGCUGUUGUACAUCUUACGGAACAAGAACCUAUACUUUUAGAUCAAUCAUUAUCAUCAGAAGUUAGCAAAGUGGCUGAUAAUGAUGGUAGAUCACCUGAUGAUUCCUUCAUGGAUAUCAAUCAUAAACACACCAAUUUAAAUGAAAGUAAUGCCAGUAAUUUAAAUGAGUCCAUAAAUGUAAUUGAAAACACUCUAAAAUCUCCAACAUAUACUGAUUACUUUAACGAUAGUUCUGAAAUUAAAUUUUCUCAGUAUGAACAUAUUUCUCAAAAUCCAGUUAUAAGUUGUUCAACAGCCCUUUUGGGUGUAAAAGAACUAAAAAAAGUUAAUAGUGUUGAAAUGAAUUCCAACAAGGUGCAUAGCAACUGUAAUAAAUUUUCAAACGAGAUGUCAAGUAGGACUGGUGUUUCUGUUUCAAAUAGUGAUUUUAUUUCACAAGGGUGUUUACAGCAAUUUAAUUGUUCUUUUCAAUUGGAAUCUGAUGAUUCAGUUCUGCGAAAAAAAGAAAAUAAUUUAGACAGUAAUGGAAUAAAAGAAAUAAAUGUCAGUAAUGUAAAUAGUCACCAUUCCACUUUUUCAACAAUAGCUAAUAAAAAUAUCAAAAUUUCAGAAGAAUGUCCGAGGAAUGAAAAAUCAAAAUGCAAAGAUAUUUUAGAAAAAAAUGCUUUAAUAACACAAAAGAGUAAUACAAUGAGUGAUACAGUCUUUUUUGAAGACAGUGAUGUCUUAGAAAAAAAAAAUUCUGAUUCAGCAGUAAAUCUGAUUAACUUAUCUGAGAGUGAGUCAAUAAAUAUUUAUGAAAUGAAUGAAUGUAAUAAACCUACUACAAAAUGUUCAUCUAAUGUAAAGAAUUUAAAUGUAAAACAAAUGUCACAUACUUUACAAUUAGGAACGCUGAAUUCUACCCAUGAUAAUGUAAACAAUGACAUACUAGAAACGGUUCAAUUAGACCGAUCAGGUGUAUUCAAGAAACCAGACAUCCCAAUGGCUCAUCAGAAAUUAGAUGUUGACUACAAUCUUGCUACCUCUUCAUGUAAAAAUAUUAAUACAUCAGAACAAUCGUUAAUAAAAAUUAGUUCCAUUUUAGCUGAUAAAAAUAAUGUUUCGCAAUGUUUCACUGGUUCUAAUGUAACCAGCUUAAGUGUUCAUAGAAAACAAUUUAGUUCAGAUAAAACAGAUCUAACUGAAUCCUCAUCAUCAUUUAAUAUUGAAAAAAAUAAUAUUGGUGUUUCUAAAAGUGAGUUAAGUGUUGUUCAUAAAACUGAAGCAAAUAAAGAUUAUCUGUCAUUUAAAUCAGCUUUGGCGAGGCCUGACAAAAUUGAUAACUUUAUGUUUUCAAGUGCUGGUGGAAAAAAAAUUGGAGUUUCUGAAAAUGCUUUAGCUAAAGUGAAGUCUAUGUUUUAUGAAAUUUUGGAGAGCGAUCUAACAGAAAACAAGGAUAAAACAGACAUUAAUCAGGCACAUAAAACUUCUUUACCUGGAUCAAGCAAAGCUGGUGAUUUUAUGUUUUCAAGUGCCAGUGGCAAAAAUAUUCAAGUUUCAGAAGAUUCUUUAGCUAGAGUUAAAUCUAAAUUUAACAACAUUUUGGAGAGUGAUGUAACAGAAAAUAAGGAUAAAAUAGGCAGUAAUCAGGCACAAAAAACUUCUUUACCUGGAUCCAGCAAAGCUGCUAAUUUUAUGUUUUCAAGUGCCAGUGGCAAAAAUAUUAAAGUUUCAGAAGAUUCUUUAACCAAAGUCAAAUCUAAAUUUAAUGAUAUUUUUGAAAAUAGUUUAACUGAAAUAAAUCAUAAUGGAACUGAAAUGAAAAAUAAUCCAUCAUCUAAAUCUUUUUUGACGAGUUCUGAUAAAGUUGAUAACUUUAUGCUUUCAACUGCUUCUGGCAAUAAUAAUAAAGUUCCAGAAGAUGCAUUAGUAAAAACUAAAUCAAAAUGUAAAGAAAUUUCUAAGAGCCAUCUGACUGAAAAAAACAACGAAAAUAUAACAGAUAUAAAUCAUACCAACAAAUUUCCUUGUUCUAGUAAAAAUGAUAAUGUCAUGUUUUCAACUGCUGGUGGCAAAAAUAUUAAAGUAUCUGAUGUUGCCUUAGCUAAAGUUAAAUCCAAAUUUAUUGAAUUUAUUGAGAGCCAUGAGACAGAAGUAAUGAAUGAUAUUGUAGAAACAAACAUUGAUCAAAAACCGAAAAUAUUUUUACCUAGUUCUAGCAAAACCUCUAAUUUAAUAUUUUCAAGUGCUUGUGGUGAAAGUGUUGAUAAAGUUUCAGAAGAACCUGCAGCUCAAGCUGAAUCAAAAUCUAACAAAAUUUUAGAGAGCCAUCUGACACCAGAUAAAAAUACUGAAGAUAAAACAGAUUUCAAUCUGAAUUCAAAAACAUCUCGAGCUAUACCAAACCAAACUGUUGAUUUUAUGUUUUCAAGUGCUACUGGAAAAAAUAAUGAAAUAUCAGAAAAUGCACAUGUUGAUACAAAAUUUAAUGAUAAUAUUUUUGAGAGAAGGCAACCUGAAGUUAAGAGUAAUGAGACUGAAACAAAUAUUAGUCAGGUGUAUAAAACAUCAUUACACAUUUCAGAUAUAAAUGCCAGCUUUUCAACUGCUGGUGGCAAAAACAUUACAGUUUCUGAUGUUGCUUUAGCUAAGAUUAAAUCUAAAUUUAAUGAAAUUAUGGAGAGCCUUGAUACUGAAAAUGAGAAUCCUGAAGAUAAAAUAGAUAUUUAUCAAACUCCCAAAAUAUCUAUACCUAGUUCUAGUAAAAAUAAUGAUAUGUUUACAACUGCUGGUGGUAAAAAUAUUAAAAUUUCUGAUGUUGCCUUGGCAAAAGUUCAAAAUAAAUUUAAUGAUAUUAUGGAUAGGCAUGAGACAGAAGUAAUAAAAGAUAUAGCGGAAACAAACAUUGAUCAAACAUCCAAAAUAUUUUUACCUAGUUCUAGCAAAACCUCUAAUUUGAGUGAUCUAACAGAAAAGAAGGAUAAAAUAGCUAUUAAUCAGGUGUAUGACAUUCCUUUAUCUAGAUCAAGCAAAGCUGGUAAUUUCAUGUUUUCAAGUGCUGGUGGGGAAAAAAUUGGAGUUUCAGAAAAAGCUGUAGCAAAAGUGAAAUCAAUGUUUAAUGAACUUUUAGAGAGUGAUAUAACAGAAAAAAAGGAUAAAACUGGUAUCAAUGAGGCACAUAAAACUUCUUUACCUGAAUCAAGUAAAGCUGGUAAUUUCAUGUUUUCAAGUGCUAGUGGAAAAAGUAUUCAAGUUUCAGAAGAUUCUUUAGCUAAAGUUAAAUCUAAAUUUAAUGAAAUCUUAGGGACCCAUCAGACCGAAGUCAAGGCCGAUAUUACUGUUGCUAAAAAAGAUAGUUAUGAAGCUUCUAAAACAUUUUUACUUAAUUCUAGUAAAGCUGAUAAUUUUACGUUUUCAAGUGCUAGUGGCAAAAAUAUUAAAGUUUCAGAAGAUUCUUUAGCUAAAGUUAAAUCUAAAUUUAACGAAAUUAUGGAGAGCCAUGAUACAGAACCAACGAAGGUUAAAGCUGAUAGAAAUAUUGAUCAAGCAACUAAAACAUUUUUUCCUAGUUCUAGUUUAGCUGGGAAUUUUAUGUUUUUAAGUGGUAGUGGUAAAAAUGUUAAAGUUUCAGAAGAUGCAUUAGCCAAAGUCAAAUGUAAAUUUAAUGAUAUUUUUGAAAACAGUUUAACUGAAGCAAAUGACCAGGAAAAGGGAACAAAUGGAUUCUUAUCUAAAUCUUUUUUUGCUAGUCCUAAUAAAGUUGAUGACAUCAUGAUUUCAACUACCCCUGGCAAUAGUAAUAAUGUUUCUGAUGCUGCUCUAGCUAAAAUUAAAUCCAAUUUAAAUGAAAUUUCCUUAAACAUUUCAGCUAAAGAAGGAAAUAAUGAAACUGAAAUAAAUGAAUGCCAAUUAUUAGAGACUUCUUUUUCAUAUUUUGAUAAGACUGAUCCUUUUAGUUUUCCAGUUGAAGAAAGCAACAAUAUUGAAAUUUCUAAUGUGAUUUUAGAGGAAAUGAAAUCUAAACUGAAUAGAAGUUCCAAGGAUAAUUUAAUUGAGGUAGAGUUGAACAAAUCUAGGGAUGGUUUGUGUGAGUUAUCAAAUGUCCCCUUGACCGUAACUGAUAAAAAAGACAAUCCAAUCCCACUUUCUGCAGAUUUCAAUGUUAGUAUUAAUGAAAAAAUAUCACAUCUUAAUGAGCUUGAAAGUUUUCCUCCUGGCUCAAAAACUAAUGAAAUUAAAUGUGAAAAUGCUCCUGAUAAAUGUUUGGGAAUUAUGUUCUCUACUGCUAGAGGAAAACAAAUCAGUGUUUCUGAAGAUGCUUUACUUAAAGUAAGAUCUAAAUUUAGUGAAGUAAUGGAUACAUCAAUGCCUCUGUUUGAGGAUGAACAAAGUAAUGAUUAUAUUUUUCAACACUUGAAGUAUCCAAAUAAAAAAUUGUCUGAUGAUCUAUGUUUAGACAAAAAAAAUUUAAAUGCAAUUGAAAGCUGCUCAAAGGAAAUCACAAUACCCAAUAAUCAAACACCUACAAAUUCUAAAAUGUUCACAAAAGUAGGUAUGAAUAAAAAGUUAUUCAAUAGUCCAAACCUAAAUGACAAAAAAAGUAAGUCUUCUCACACAGAAAACUCAAGCUAUGACCAGCCUUUUGCUAAAAAAGUAUGCUUUCAACCAGGAAUAGUAAAUUUAACCCAGAAACAACCUAAUGAUUUGGGUGAACAUAACAUUUUAAAAGAAUCAAAAAUGUCAUACUCAACAUUUACUCAAAGUAUUUCACAGUCAUUUUUAGAUAAAGAAAUGGAUCUAAUCGAGAAAACAAAAUGUCCGAGAGAAAUUCUUAACCUGAAGGAUAGCGAGUUGAAUUCUCAGCUUGAUGAAAAUAAAGAUUUAGAAUCAAAAACAUGUGAUGGUCAACUUACAACUGAGGAAAGUGACAUGACCAUGAUCUAUGAGGUAUCUGACAGUGCUGCGGCAUUUAUGGCCGAUUGCACACCAGAUAGAUCUGUUUUAUCUAGUCCUGCAUCAUUUUUCAACAGAAAAACAAUGAAACCUAUCAAAUUGUUGGAAAUGGAAUUCGAUGAUGUUGAUGAUGAAAUCAUGGUUGCAGCAGAAUUAGAAAUAAUCCCCAAACCAGUUACAAAGAAUCCUGUUACUGAUGAUUCCCUAGCAUGUAUAAAUUUUAGAUCUUGUUCAGUUGAGGUUCUCUCAAUCCGUAAAGAUCAACGAAAGAAAAUUGAUGAAAUAAUUAACCAAAAACUUAAGUGCCGACCUCUGUCUUCUCCUGGAUUGUAUAUGACAUUAAGAAAUAAAGGUAGUCUUAAAAGGAUUAGUGAAAUUCUGCAUCCAUUUCUAAAUAAAGAACAGUUGUUUCAGCUUGGAUUAAAGGAAGAAAUAUUAUGUAUUAGCUCAAUUAAUGCCGAAACAUAUGAAUUCUGUGCUGAAUCAUUUUUCAAUUAUGAAGAGUGCUUUUCUGCCGAAGGAAUAAUCAAUGUAGGCUAUGGUUUUUCUUUGAUAUUAUCUGAUGACAACAAAAUUGGUUUCAAUGAAUUAUCCAGAUGUUUCCUAUCAAAUCCUAAUGUCGACCCAUCUUUGGUUUCUUCAGCAUGGAUAAAGAAUCAUUACAAAUGGAUAGUUUGGAAAUUAGCUAGCUACGAAAGAGCUUUUCCCACGAAUCUUUCAAACAGGUACUUAACCCCAGAAAAUGUACUGCAUCAAUUGAAGUAUCGAUAUGAUAGAGAAAUAGAUCUUGCUCAAAGACCUGCCCUAAAAAAAAUUCUGGAAUGUGAUGAGCCCUCUUUAAGGAGAUUAAUUGCAUGUGUGGCUGAUAUUCGGAAUGUCGAUUCAAGUGAUGGUGAAUCAACUUAUGAAAUCGAAUUGACUGAUGGCUGGUACAGUGUAUGGACUUGCAUAGAUCCAGCAAUGAAAAAUUUGAUAGAUCGGCAGAAGGUUAAAAUUGGAAUGAAAUUGAUCAUACAGGCUGCAGAAUUAUUAAAUUGCACUGAAGGAUGUGAUCCAUUAGAGAUUGCCAGUUCCAUCUGUUUGAAAUUGCAUACCAACUGUGUCAGACGUGUUAAGUGGCAUACUAAAAUAGGAUUUACACGGCAUCCUGGACCUAUACGAAUAUCUCUCAGUUCUGUCUUACAUAAUGGAGGACUUGUUGGUCUCACAUCAGCUAUGAUUGCAAGGGUUUAUCCUUUAUUGUAUAUGUCAAAAGAUGCUGAUGGGAAAACAGUUUUUAGAAAUGCAUAUGCUGAACAGCAUGCUUCCAGUCUGAAAGAAAAUGACCUUACAUUAAAGUCGGAAGAGUUGUUUGAAAAAUUGUUUCCCCAGGUUGAGGCUAAAUACAAAAGUGGAGUCGUGAAAUUUGAUAAAAAUAAUAUCAAAAAUAUAAAGAAUCCAGAAUUACUAUGGAAAAUUGUAUCAAAUGAAUCAGAUCCAUCUGAAGUGCAAUCUUUAAUGUCACCUGAUCAACUUCUUGAAGUUCGAAAAUAUCAUGAAUUGAUAUCAUCAAAAAUAAGAGAGGAAGUGCAGGCUCUUGUGAAGAAGAAGUUAGAGGACCUUAUUCCAUCUCAGAAAGCCAAAUGUUUGUUGAAGCUGAGGCUUGUUGAUCCAGUUGGUGGCUGUAAUGCACUUUUGACAAUUUGGAACCCUUCUGAAGAUCUUCUUCAAAUUUUAGUUGAGAAGAGGUGUUUUGAUUUUUAUAAUAUAAAUGCCUCUGGUAUAAGGGAUAAAGUGCUACAACUGUCAAGUACCAGUAGAACAAUGUAUAAGGAGUCUAACGUGUUAAAACCAAGCCAAGAGUUUGGAAGGAAAGUCACUACUAUUCAUGAUAUUGUAGUUAAUUCUGUAUCAGUGCAGUUUGGUGAGAUGGAUGUUGUUGGGACUGUUAUAUUUGUCAAAGAACCAGAGAAGCCAUGGGGUGUCACAAAUGUCUAUCUGUCUGACAGCCAAGAAAGUUUCUUAAUGAUAACUUUUUGGACUUCCCUAAAGACAUUUGGUUGUGAUGAUACCCUAAAACCUGGAUCUACUGUCGCCUGUAUCAAUCUUCAAUGGAGACAGGGUUCAGGAUCAUAUGUUAUACCUUCAACUUAUGCUAAUGAAAUGACUUAUUUUUCUUCUAACCCCAACCAAGAAUAUCUUGUUAAAGCACUUCAAGAAAUCAAGUCAUCAAUUGGUUCAAAGAAUCUUGAAAACUUUAUCUUAGAGCAAAGAAGGAGAUUAUUUACGAUUUUAAAAGAAAGGGAAUACACUAGCAAAACUCCUCUUUCAAAAGUUGAGACACCAAAAGUUUUGAAAAGGUUAGAAAAUCUUAAGAAAUAUGGAGAAGCAUCUCCACUUCCCAAGCUUUCCCUUCUAUCCAGUCCAGACAUACAUAGGAAAUUCAGAUCACCCAAAUCUGGAGGUUCCUGAUACUUUUGAGAUGCUAAUCUCAUUAAAUUAUUUAUGGAUCUUUUUAAUUAUGUUAAUGUAUGAUUCUGUAAAUUUGUAAAUAAUUAUUUCACUAAAUAUCUAAUAAAAAUUUAUUUUCUUAUUUAAGAAUGCCUUUUGUUGAAAUCUGUGAUAAUUAUAUAAUGUUUUUGUGUAAAAAAAAUAUUUUAUUAGAAUAUUUGUUUGUAAAAUGUGCAAAAAAAUAUAUGUAAAUAACUAUCUGUUAAAAAGUAUAUAUAGUUUUAAUAAAUUCUUUUUGUUAUUGA